GGAUCCUACGGAGGGUUUCGGCUGUAUCUUCAUGCUGGGCUUCAUCAUCAGGCCUUGGUCAUUAGCUCCUGCCCUACUGUGUACUGGACUCCGGAUACCUCGACUUUGUGCUCAACCCAGGCCCAGAGCCAUGGCCAUCUCCUCUUCCUCCUGGGAACUGCCCCUGGUAGCUGUGUGCCAGGUAACAUCGACACCAGACAAACAGCAGAACUUUAAAACAUGUGCUGAGCUGGUUCAAGAGGCUGCCAGACUGGGUGCUUGUGUGGCUUUCCUGCCUGAGGCAUUUGACUUCAUCGCUCGAGACCCUGCAGAGACACUACAUCUGUCUGAGCCUCUGGGUGGGAACCUUUUGGGAGAAUAUGCCAAGCUUGCCAGGGAAUGUGGACUCUGGCUGUCCUUGGGUGGUUUCCAUGAGCGUCACCAAGACUGGGAGCAGACUCAGAAAAUCUACAAUUGUCAUGUGCUUCUUAACAGCAAGGGAUCAGUAGUGGCCACUUACAGGAAGACUCAUCUGUGUGAUGUAGAGAUUCCAGGUCAGGGGCCGAUGCGUGAAAGCAACUCUACCAUACCUGGGCCCAGUCUGGAGUCACCUGUCAGCACACCAGCAGGCAAGAUUGGUCUAGCUAUCUGUUAUGAUAUGCGGUUCCCUGAACUCUCUCUGGCAUUGGCUCAGUCUGGUGCAGAAAUACUUACCUACCCUUCAGCUUUUGGAUCUGUUACAGGCCCGGCCCACUGGGAGGUACUGCUGCGGGCCCGUGCCAUUGAAACCCAGUGCUAUGUAGUGGCAGCAGCACAGUGUGGGCGCCAUCAUGAGAAGAGAGCAAGUUACGGCCACAGCAUGGUGGUGGAUCCCUGGGGAACAGUGGUAGCCCGCUGCUCUGACGGCCCAGGCCUCUGCCUUGCCCGAAUCGACCUUAAUUAUCUGCAACAGUUGCGCCAAUACCUGCCUGUGUUCCAGCACCGCAGGCCUGACCUCUAUGGCAAUUUAGGUCACCCACUGUCUUAAGCCUUUUGACUUCUGAGUUGAGACCCACUGUAGGCUGUGACUUGUGGCAGGACCUGGGCACAGCUCCCCUCAACUUGGACAGCCUCAAUUUUUGAUCAAACACAGGCUCAGCUUUUUGGAAAAGAAGAAACUUUCACCUGAGCUCAGAUUUUCAGUUUCAGAAAGGUGGAAUUUUAGUCAUUGUUUAUUUCAUGAAAACUGAAGUUAUGCUGAGGGCUGAGAAUCACUGGCAUUGAAGAAAAAAAAAAAUGUAAUCAUUAUAAAGUCUGUUUGGACAUCUCCUUUGGGAGUUGGAAGGGGUGGUGUAUUGUACCAGCUGAACUGGGCUGUAGUUGUAGGCUUCCUGGCUUAUUCAACAUGCCUCCCUACCUAAAUAAAAGUGCAACACUCA